AUGGAGGAGGCACAGGAUGGCCUUGUGCUGCUGAUGUCCGGCAUUGCGGUCUCAGAUCAGAAGCGUCCGGAGCCCUGGGUCCUGCGGAGUUGGUGUUUGUGUGAAGAUGAAGAAAGAGCCAACAAGAUUAAUGCUCGCAAGGCGCCGAACGCCACCAAAGGUGCACGCAAUGCCCGUGUGGCCAAGAAGGGUGAGGAACCGAGUCAUGACCAAAGGAAGGGGGACCUUUGGGACUUUAGCUGUGAGGGACGCCUCUUCUGGUAUUUCCCCUUUUGUGAGAACUUGGGUGCACUCUUUCUGUCAGAGCUCAUCAACAGCCGCCUGGACCAGAAUCCUGAAGUGGAAUGUAUGGAGCACUUCAAGCUCAUCCCAGGGCAGCACUUGUUUCGGCUCCACAACUCAUCUGCGGAUUUCAUGGUGGUGAUGAUGAAGGGGAAGGUGCAAUUUUCUGGUGGAUCUGGCUAUGUGGAGACCAUCGCUGAAGAGCUUUGUGAUGUCUACUGCAUGAACUUCGAGCGUUGCCAUCACCUCGUGGGCCUUUGCCCGGACGAGAUCCGGACGUUCUUGACGCGUGUGCAACGCUUUCAAGAACGUUUGGAAUUCAGGCAAGGGAAGGAAUGGUUCAGCGACUCGGAAGUCUUGCUACGGCACGAUCCCUUCGCCGCCUGCCCCGAGCACUUCUUGAAGGGCUGCAGCACCUUUAUGCAGGUCCGCUAUGUCCUGCCUGGAGAGGUCAUCGUACAGGAGGGCGACGUGGUGGAUCACGCGGUGAUUCUCGCCAUGGGCACCGCGCGGAUCCAUCGCCAGACCCGCGCGGGCCUGCGCGGCUGUCCCGAUCGAACGGGAGAAGUUGAAGACAGCUACUUGGUGGGCAGCAUCAGUGGAGCCUUCCGCUUCGCGGGCAUGCAACAGCGACUGGCUACGAUCCAUGCCAUUACGCUCUGCAAGGUGGUGGAGCUCAAGAUCAAUGGGAUCCUGGGAUUGUUAGAUAAAUAUCCAGAUGCCUGCCAGAAGUUCCGCGAGAUCGCCGAGAAGCGCUUCAAAGAACUGGCGCCGGAGCCUUUGGAGGACGACAGGGGGUGGCGACUGACGAGGCAAGGCGACACGGCAGAGAGUAUGAUCAUCAUUUCUCCCAGUUCCGUGGUGACUUUGUUCGUGGACGCGCGGAAGCUGAAGGAUCUCCACGGAGGUUGUACUUUGGGUGUGCAAUCCAUCUUAUCCGCCAAACCCGCCAAGCGCUUCGCCACGAUCGUGGCCAUGAACGCCUGCGUCGUGCAGAAGCUCACGCGCAAGGACUGGCUGGAUACCUUGAAGAGCCACGCUGAGCAUCGCUUUUGGAUCGGCGACUUUGUGAAGGAACAACUGCAAGUGGCCAACGAGCAGGAUCCAUGUCGCAAGGCCAAUGUUGCAGUGUCAUCGUUGAAAGCCUUUGCGACAGAUCUUCGUGAAGAGCAUGCUGCUGCCUUUAAGGCUUUGGAGCUCAUGGAGCGAGAAGCAGUGCGGUAA